GAGGCCAUUUGAAAACAUGGAGAAUCCGGAGAACCCACGAGUUUUCUUUGAUGUUCAAAUAGGCGGCGAAAAUGUGGGCAGAAUUGUCUUUGAAUUAUUCAAAGAUAAACUUCCUAAAACCUGUGAAAACUUCCGAGCAUUAUGUACAGGAGAAAAGGGCACUGGAGAAACCACAGGAUGUCCACUCCACUUUAAGAAUUGUCCUUUUCAUAGAAUAAUAAAGGAUUUCAUGGUCCAAGGAGGGGACUUUUCCAAUAAAAAUGGAACAGGGGGAGAAAGUAUUUAUGGAGCUAAAUUUGAAGAUGAGGGGUUCCCAUACAAACAUGACAAGGCAGGUCUUCUCAGUAUGGCCAAUGCAGGUCCUAAUACAAAUGGUUCACAGUUCUUUAUUUUGUGUAAGCCAGCCCAUCAUCUAGAUGGUAAACAUGUAGUCUUUGGAAAAGUCGUAAAGGGAAUGGGUGUUGUUCGUGAACUGGAGAAUGUGGAAAAAGAUGGAGAAAAUCCAAAACUGGAGUGUGUAAUCAGUGAUUGUGGAGAGCUAGCCCCCGGGCAGGAGGAUGGGGUGUCCACAGGUGAUGAAUCAGGUGACCCGAUUCCUGACUGGCCAGAGGACUGCGAUGUAGAUUUCAGUAAUUCUGAAAACAAAGACAAGGUAUUGGAGAUGAUAAAAUCCAUAAAAGACUGUGGUAAUGGGUUGUUUAAAGAACAGAAAUAUCUACCAGCAAAGAGAAAAUAUAAAAAGGCUCUCAGAUAUUUAAAAGAACUUGAUGACAACAUGGAUUUAAGUGAUGAGGCAAAUGAAGACAUUGAGACAUCUUAUCUAAUCCCAGUUUCUCUUAAUUUAGCUGCAUGUCACCUUAAGCUAGAAGAAUAUGACCAAGCCAUUGAACAAUGUAAUGAAGUACUAACAGCAAAUGAUAAAAAUGUCAAAGCACUGUUCAGGAAGGGUCAAGCAGAGAGUGGCCGCAAGAACUUUGACGAAGCUGUGGAUUGUUUAAGUAAAGCUGCUAAACUGGAACCAUCUGAUAAAGGUAUCCAGAGAGAGUUGGCAAAGGUACAGAAGGUUAUAGAGGAAUAUAAAGCUAAAGAGAAAAAAAUGUAUGCCAAAAUGUUUGCAUGAUUUCCUUAACUUCAAACUUUAUUGUUAACCAUUUUCUUUAUACUUAUGAGGGCUGUCCAAAAAUAUGUGGAUGCAGGCUAUUUUAUUGUCUACUGUACAUUUAUUAUUGAAACUGUCAAUUGUGUGUAAUAAUAUUUAAAAAUUAUAGACUUCAGUUGAGUAAAUAUGUGAAAUAUGUAACAAAUCAGAGUACAUGUAUGACAAAAUAAAUUACAAAUGUUAUCAGUAUAAAUACUAUGCAUGUACAAGACACACAACCCAGUCUGUAAAAUUCAUAUAAAGAUCAUGAUUUUCAUCACAAGACAAUGUUUUAACACUUUUUUUCAUCAUUUACAUUGACAACACUGCCAUAUUUUUGUUAUAAACUAGUAUUUUGUUAAUUUUUCCUGAAUUUUUUUUUUUGGACAGUCCUUUGAAAUAUGCAUGUAUGUAUAUUACCUAAUAUGUAAUCAUCUGAAUGGAACUCUUUUUUUAGAAUUAGUUUUAUGAAUUCUUAACAUAAGAUAGCAAAUUAAGGAGGAAAAGGUAUUUUUGAUUGAAGAGUGUCUGGUCUCCAUCUGUAGAUUUUUCACAUUUUUAAUCAAUUUCUCCAAAACUUCUCAGUAAGUAUCUAUAAAACUUUCUAUAAAGCAUUUCUCGAUGUCUGAAUGAAAUUCAAAUAUGUCUGUAUAAUGUAACUUCAAAGUAAUGUCCUACAUGUACUUCAAGGAGGGUACCAGGUGAUAGAGAAAUAGUGAGAAGGUGGGGUCUUGAAGAAUCUUAUGCAAGGAAAAAUAUUCAUAUCCACUGUGUUAGAGAUCUGGAUGUUUAAGAUUCAUAGCGCUAGGAUGGGGCUAGAUUUAGAAUUCAAAGUACCGGUAUGAUGAAAAUCUCAAAAACAGCAAGGCCAAAUUUAAUUUGACAAAUUUGGGUAAUACUGAUACUAUUUAAACAUGUAUUAUGAUUAGUAAUUCAGGUAUUUUUACCUUAAGUUUGCCUUGAACUAGGCACUGCUUACAAGGAUUUGUGAGGGUUUGUCAUUUCUUGUUCAAGAUUCUCUUCAUUUUUUCAUUUAUAUCAAUUCCUUUUCAUAUAGAAUUUAUAUAUUGGGUACAUUGUAUGACAUACAUUUUAUUUUAGUGUACUUGUAUCAUGCAAUGUACAUAAAUAAAAAAUUAAAAUCAG